CUGGUGUUGCAAGUCGCAUUUAUUUCGUUGCGGCGUGUGAGUUUCGGUGGUGCAUGUGCUCUUGUUGACAAUAUUUUUAAUCGACGCUAUUUUAAAGGUGCAAAAUCAUGGACGACGAAGCGGAAACCUACAAGUUAUGGAGGAUUCGCAAAACUAUCAUGCAGUUAUGCCACGACAGAGGCUACUUGGUCACGCAAGACGAGUUGGAUCAAACGCAAGAUCAAUUCAAGCAACAGUUCGGCGAUAAGCCGAGCGAGAGAAGACCAGCCAGGAGCGAUCUCAUUGUACUUGUGGCCCACAACGACGAUCCGACAGAUCAGAUGUUCGUGUUUUUCCCGGACGAACCGAAGAUCGGCAUCAAGACCAUCAAGACAUACUGCCAGCGCAUGCAAGAGGAGAACAUUACCCGAGCCAUCAUUGUCGUACAGCAGGGCAUGACUCCGUCUGCUAAACAGGCUCUUGGUGACAUGGCACCAAAGUACAUCCUUGAACACUUCCUCGAGUCGGAAUUGCUCAUCAACAUCACAGAGCAUGAGCUCGUGCCUGAACACGUGGUGCUGACACCAGAGGAGAAGGCAGAACUGCUUGCAAGAUACAAGCUGAAGGAGAACCACCUGAUGAAGAUCCAAGCCUGCGAUCCUGUGGCGCGGUACUUUGGCCUGAAGAGAGGACAGGUGGUGAAAAUCAUCCGACCCAGUGAAACGGCAGGAAGAUACAUCUCCUACCGCCUCGUUGGUUAAGCCUUGCCUUUCAAAGUCGUAUGUAAAAAGAAUGAUGCCACCUCAUUGUCAGUGUUCUGCACCUGUUUCUACUUUUGUCUUCUUGCUACCUUGAUAUAAAUACAAGGGCCUCCAUGUUAA